AAACACAAAAAUUUAAAUAAGCUGUGUCCUCAAGGAGUUAAUUUAUUUUACAAGUCAGAAACCACAGGAACCCUCCUCAGCCGUAAACCAUGUGUGUUACUGUCGCUUUAAGAAGCUGUAGUUCACUAGGACUAUGGGAUUCUGGGUAUUGUAGUUCCGCCCACUGGUCCGGGUUAAGAACGCAAGUCACAGUGAAGCUAGGGAAGAUGCUAGUGGCCGCGGCCGCGGACAGGAACAAGGAGCCGAUCCUUGACGUUCUGCGGCAGUAUGUCCCCCCUGCUGCCCCCGUGGUGCGGGUACUGGAGGUGGCAUCGGGCACCGGGCAGCACGCCGCUCACUUCGCCAGGGCCUUGCCCAACGUGCGGUGGAUACCUUCUGAGAUGGACCAGCGCUGCCUGCGGAGCAUAACCGAAUACAUCUCUAGGUGGUCUCUUACAAAUGUGGAGCAACCCCGCACCUUGGAUGCCUCCCGGAACUGGGAGACUUGGGGUCUAGAGCCCAAUUCACUGCAACUGGUUGUCUGCAUCAACAUGAUUCAUAUAUCUGAGCCCAGCUGUACUCAGGGUCUGUUUUAUGGGGCUGGACAUGUCCUACAACCUGGAGGUGUUCUCCUCACCUAUGGGCCGUACGCUGUCAAUGGUGUCCUCACCCCGCAGAGUAAUAUUGAUUUUAACCAGAGUUUGAAGAACAGUAAUCCAGCCUGGGGAAUCUGGGAUACAUCAGAUCUGAAUGAGUUGGCAAAGACCUGUGGAAUGGCCCUGGAGAGGAUGGUGGACAUGCCGGCGAAUAACAAGUGUUUGAUCUUCCGUAAGAUGUAACCCAAGGUCAUGUGUGAAGUAUACGGCGGCAGCAUAUCACCCUGGAACUUCUCCCUGACAAACGCUGCAGCCAUGUUUUUUAUUUACUAUACCUAUCUGUAUGUAUAUAUAUAUAUAUAUAUAUAUAUAUAUAUAUAUAUAUAUAUAUACAGUGGUACCUCAAGUUACAAUAUUAAUUGGUUCCAGGACGACCAUUGUAUGUUGAAACCAUUGUAUGUUGAGACCAUAACUCUAUGGAUACCUGGUAAUUGGUUCUGAAGCCACCAAAAUGUCCUCCAAAAAUAGGAAAAAGUGAGGAUUAAAGAAAAAUAAGUAGAAAACUAAUAUAGAUAAAGCAAAUCCUUACAUAAAAAAGUAAGACAGAUCUGCUGGGAGAUGUAAAUGACUGUCUAUUUCAGUGUUUUCCAACCAGGCUGCCUCCAGCUGUUGCAAAACUACAACUCCCAGCAUGCCCGGACAGCCUUCGGCUGUCCGGGCAUGCUAGGAGUUGUAGUUUUGCAACAGCUGGAGGCACCCUCGUUGUUGGUCUAUGUAGAAGACAGGAGCUUCUUCAGGGUCCUGUACAGUACACAAUGUCCUAAAAAAGUAACAUGGAGCCGCCCUCACCUGGUGUCCAAAGAAGCAGCUAACCCUGGUACAGGUAAAGUGUACAGAACAUGUAAUACCUCCCUGUACUGUAGGGGGCGCUAACAGACACCAGUCAGUGCAUGGACUUCAGUAAUACAGGUAAAGAGUACAGAACAUGUAAUACCUCCCUGUACUGUAGGGGGCGCUACCAGACACCAGUCAGUGCAUGCACUUCAGUAAUACAGGUAAAGAGUAGUACAGAACAUGUAAUACCUCCCUGUACUGUAGGGGGCACUACCAGACACCAGUCAGUGCAUACGCUUCAGUAAUACAGGUAAAGAGUACAGAACAUGUAAUACCUCCCUGUACUGUAGGGGGCGCUACUAGACACCAGUCAGUGCAUACACUUUAGGAAUACAGGGGUUUUACCGGUGAAAUGUCCAUUCUGAUUGGUCGGUUCUUCCAGCCAUUGACAUGUUUCGCAGAUCUGGACUGUCCAUAGCAAUGUAUGUUGAGUCUGGUUUCAAGUUACAAUGGUCCAGAAAAGACCAUUGUAUGUUGAAUCUAUUAUAUGUUAAGGCCAUUGUAAGUUGAGGGAUCACUGUAUAUAGAAAGAGGAAUAUCUGCAGCACACAAAUCCAAAAAAGUGAAAAU